GCGACAGCUCUCCCUAUCUCACAAAUCUCUCUGCCGCUCGCAGCUUGAUUUCCUCCAGGGAUGGCUCAGACACGCCGUCCACCGGUCCAUCGCCGCGUGGAGCGAAUACGUGGCGACCCUGUUCAGCAAAAUUCCUAGACUCGUCGAGCAAUCCUUGCCACUCUCCAGCCCAGAAGCGCUUGAAGCGAGCACGCCAUUUGCGGUGGCCGCCGUCUCCGCCGCGAUUCAUCGGGAAGAGCAGCAUAGUCGGCACGAAAAUGGCUAUCAGGCAGCCGACAUCCGAGUCCUCUUCGUCCUUCACGUACUUCUCGGUAGUGUCCACCACCAU